GUGGUGCUCGCUGUCGUUUGCUGUGCUAGAGAUGAUGGCUCCCUCGUUGCGAUGCGUGGUAUGAACACGGAGGUCAGCUUGCCCUCUGGCUCGCUCUGCGCAGAGCGAGCGGGCAUUGCACGAGCCGCGACGGAGUUCUUUCAUGCCAACACGAUCAAGGUCAUCGCGGUCGUUGAUCCGUCGGGUGACAUCGCUCCACUUUGGCCCUGCGAGGUGUGCCAAAGUUGGCUUUCCAAGCUCCGUGAUCAGAGCCCGAGGAUCACAGUGGUGGCUUUCCCCGCCAAGGAGAACGACUUUCAGCGCGUUGUAGUGCGCCGCAACGGCAAGGACGUACGGCCACCCACGUCUGUCAGCGCGCGCAGUAGUCUGAAGCAGGUGGUCGAGAUUGCUAGAUGA